UAACCCAAACACACAAAUCCCCUAGCACAGACAAACAGUAAUUGCUUCCUGUCCUCUGGCCACUUGCAAAUAAAUGUUCUACAGGACCUGCCAGGCCACCUCCAGAGGAGCUGCCCAGCUAAGCAGCAUGUCCCUCCGUAGAAGCUUCACCUUUACGAUCUGCAUUUUAGAAAUAAGCGGCCUAAUUUUAGAGCCCGCUCUUGGCCAAGAGCUAACACAAAGUGAUGGCCCUCCAUUGCCCAUAGACUGCAAAAUGAGUGCCUGGAGUGAAUGGUCACAAUGUGAUCCUUGCCUUAAACAAAUGUUUCGCUCAAGAAGCAUUGAGAGUUUUGGGCAGUUUAAUGGGAAACGUUGCAUGGAUGCUCUGGGAGACAGACAACAGUGUGUGCCUACAGAGGCUUGCCUGGAGGCUGAGGACGACUGUGGAAAUGACUUUCAGUGCAGCACAGGGAGAUGCAUAAAGAGGCGACUUCUCUGUAACGAUGACAAUGACUGCGGUGACUUUUCAGAUGAGGAUAGCUGUGACAGUGAUCCCCGGCCCCCCUGCCGCAGCCGAGUGGUGGAGGAGUCUGAGAUGGCGAGAACAGCAGGUUAUGGGAUCAACAUUUUAGGGAUGGAUCCCCUAAGCACACCGUUUGACAAUGAAUUCUACAAUGGACUCUGUGACCGAGUUCGGGAUGGAAACACUUUAACAUACUACCGAAAACCCUGGAAUGUGGCUUCUUUGACCUUUGAUACCAAAGUUGAUAAAAACUUCAGAACAGAAUAUUAUGAAGAACAGUUUCAAGCAUUCCAAAGUAUCUUUCAAGAAAAAACAAGAAAUUUUAAUUUUGCUCUAAAAUUUACACCCACUGAGAUGGGUGGAAAUAAAAUUUUUCAAGAAGCACUCGCUGAGGUGGGGGACAAUAAAGAAAUUGCUCAAGAAAUAAACCCACUUAAAAUACGUAUCUCAACUGGUCUUCGACUUUCAUAUUUCAAAAAUGAAACUUAUCAAAAAUUAUUGCUGUAUUCUUCAAAGAAGAAUAAAACCUUUCUGCACGUGAAAGGAGAAGUCCAACUGGGUAGAUUUGUGAUGAGAACCCGGGAUGUCAUGCUGACAACAACAUUCUUGGAGGAUAUAAAAGCUCUGCCAGCUACUUAUGAAAAGGGAGAAUAUUUUGGAUUUUUGGAAAUGUAUGGAACCCACUACAGUAGCUCUGGUUCUGUAGGAGGACUGUAUGAGCUAAUACAUGUUUUGGAUAAAGCUUCCAUGGAGCGGCAUGGUUUUGAACUAAAUGAUAUAAAGUCAUGCCUUGGGUAUAAUAUGGACUUAUCUAUAAGUUUCGUUGGAAACACUAAGGAAAGUGACUCCACAUUGCAGUUGAACCACAAUGAGUGUGAGAAGAGGACACACAGUAAAACGGUAAAGGUCAGUCGCGAUCAACUCAUUGAUGAUGUCAUUUCAUUUGUAAGAGGAGGAUCCCAUGAGUAUGCAGCACAAUUCAAGGCAAAGCUUCUCAAAGGAAGCAAGACAAUUGAUGUGACUGAUUUUGUAAAGUGGGCCUCUUCCUUAAGCCAAGCUCCAGUGCUCAUUAACCAGAAAUUGUCUCCUAUAUAUAGUUUGGUUCCUGUGAAAAUAAAAGAUGCACACCUAAAGAAACAAAAUUUAGAAAGAGCCAUUAAGGACUAUGUCAAUGAAUUCAGUGUAGACAAAUGCCAUCUGUGCCAGAAUGGGGGGACAGUGAUUCUUCUGGACGGGCUGUGUCUGUGUUCCUGCCCCAUCCAUUUUGAAGGAAUUGCCUGUCAAAUCAGAAAGAAGACAAUACUCCAGUAAGGACUAGCAAUCUCUUUCCCGGCUCAUAACAAAGUAGAGCUUUGGCUUUUCUUGGAACAUAUGGAACCAAAAAUCACCAGGACUUUCCAAUGUAAGAUCUUGCCCCUGGAAUAGUCCUCGCUGCCAAGUGCAAUGCAACACGCAUCAUGAAAAUCCUACCAACCUCUGAAUUCUCUUCUCUCUUAGGUCUACAAUGCACCCCCAACCUAUAUAAUGUUUCCAUUCUUCUUUCCCUAAUGAAGAGUCAGCAGUUAAAUAUGCCAGCACUGCUUUUUCCCACAGGCAACACCAAUCCCUUGCUAAUAAAACAAAAUUAAAUUAAAAACAAAAAUGUUGGUUUAACUUUAAA